AACCGCCCAGUCAUCCUCAUCUCGUCAACGGGUAACCCUUCAUUACACUCACCUUACAACGUCCUGCCUUCAAGACUACUCCCGAAACCCCAGCACGUAGUAGUAUUGUCUACUGCAUGUCUUUGCUACCCGAAACCGUGUUCUCCGAACUUCCUCAGCUGUCACGUCCGCUAUCCUCUUGUUAACUCUAGUUCUCUCUCCGUCAUAUUGCAAUCAUGGCUACCGUCAACAUUCGUCGGGAUAUUUCCGACCCCUUCUACCGCUACAAGAUGGAACGCAUCCAGUCCAAGAUUGAGGGCAAAGGUAAUGGCAUCAAGACUGUUAUAGUCAACUUGAGCAGCGUUGCCCACUCUCUUGCUCGUGAGCCUGGCCAUAUCAUCAAAUACUUUGGCUUCGAGCUUGGUGCCCAGACCAACACCAAUCCUUCGGAUGACCGAUGGAUCAUCAAUGGCGCCCAUGAGGCCAGCAAGCUCCAAGAUCAUCUGGACGGAUUCAUCAAUAAAUUCGUGCUAUGCAAGAAGUGCAAGAACCCUGAGACUGACAUGUCCUUCCCAGAAGGUCGUAUCAUCCUCAAAUGUAAGGCCUGUGGCGAGCGCUCCGACGUAGACCUUCGCCAGAAGCUCAGUUCCUUUAUUCUCAAGCAAGCCCCAAAGAAAGGCAAGAAGGACAAGUCCAACAAGAAGGCCGAACGCAAGGCUCGUAAAGAGCGCGAACAGCAUGAACACGAGGAAGGAUCAAAUGACGGUUCUCCACACGAUAGCAACUCCGAUAACGCGGAAGAGAAUGGCGAUGUUGAGGUCGAGGCCAACAGCGACGACGAAUUGACUCGUCGCAUCAAUAGCGAGGCCAAGAACAUCGAAAUCGAGGAGAAUAAGGAGGUCGAAUGGACAGUCGAUACGUCCGAGGCUGCAGUCAAAGCUCGCGCGGAUCAGCUCGCUGACGAUUUGAAGCGCACUGUCAUCGCCAAUGGAGGUGAUGAAGAUGACGAGGAAGGCGGAAACAAUGUGUACGACCAACUAGGCAGCUGGAUUAUCAAGGAGGCUGAAGGCAAAGGAGGCGUUGCUAAGGUGAAAGAUGUGGACAUCUAUGUCAAGGCAAAGGAAUUUGGUAUUGAGAAGAAGUACAAGACUCUUACCGUUCUGGCGCAGACUAUCUUUGACGAAGGCAUCGUCAAACAAAUUGACAGCCGCGCUGGUAUGCUAAAGAAGAUGAUUACCUCCGAGCGCCACGAAAAGGCGUUGCUUGGCGGCACUGAGCGAUUUGUCGGGAUUGACAAGCCGGCCCUGAUCCCCCAAGUAUCAGCCAUCAUGAUGAAGUACUAUGAGAACGAUCUCGUUACUGAGGAGGUCUUUACUGGUUGGGGAUCAAAAGCCAGUAAGAAGUAUGUGGAUAUGUCGACCAGUCGCAAAGUCCGCAAGUCCGCAGAUCAAUUCAUGAAGUGGCUUGAAACCGCCGAAUCCGAGGAGGAGGACUCCGAUUAGGGAUCCAAACCUGACUGGUUGACUUACCGCUGAUGAGUGCUGUGUACUGCAUAGGAUUAUGCGUUUUCACUAUCAGGGCUGAGAGUCACAGUUACACGUAGGAUGGUGUUGUCUCCAUUACUUUUGUUUAUCGUCUGCGAAAGCACUCCUCAUGUUUAUCGUCUGAACACUAAAUUGGAAGCCGUUACUCAGUUCAAUCCAAUACCUGUGCUGUACGUGUCCACC